ACAUGGGGAACAGGUGCGUUUGUCCUCGGUGUAUUUGAACCGUGCGUUGAACGUGGAUCCAUUCGCUCAGAGAGAAACACCCGGGACUCCUCUCCUGCUCCUCCUUCACUCGAAGAAGCACCUCGCUGUGUUUUGAGAUGUUCGCCCUGUUUUCUAUCUUGGUUUUCGCUUCUUCCGGUCGCGUCCUCGCAGCCACCGCCGGGCGCCUCAUGCCCGGUCAGCCUCACGCGGUGCCGGCGAACAGCACCGAGGUUUUGGCGGCGGCGCGGUUCGCUGUGUUCGAAUUGAACCGAGUCAGCCCGGAGGAACAGUUUGAAAUCGUGAACAUCACAUCGGCCAAAAUUCAGCUGGUCGCGGGUAUAAACUACAUCCUGGAAGUGCAGCUGGGGCGUACAACGUGCACUCUCGGGAAACCAUGUGAUCUGACCUCCUCCAAGAAACUUCAGUGCAACUUCGUCGUCACAGAAAUCCCGUGGAAAGAUUCCCGUGAACUCACUAAAAAGAAGUGUUCCCUGCAUGAUGACUGAUGUCCUGAAGUGUUGCCAAGUAAACGGUUGUUAUCGAGCUGUGUCUGAUUAUGUUGUUCAUCUCAAAUUUCAAGCGCCGUGCCUCUUCUUACACCCUGAAUUUAUAAUGACAUCUUCACAAACCAGUGAUUUCCAUUGGCUCCCAGCUCUGCCACUUGUUCUAACACUGAGUUGAAUAAGUUCAGUGACCUGCACUCACUCGGCUUUGUUUAGGGCGAAAAAUGGCAUAAUUAUUCCAGUGAGUGACCAGGGCAGCUUUACUGUGCCUCAUCUCUCAGUGUGUGUCCUGGCAGCUGUAAGGCUCCGGUUGCGUGUCAAGCUCGGUCAGACACAUGGCCGCUAAACGGAGACGAGGCUAUACACCUCAACUCUGCCACCGGUCUCCAGAAGGGCUCUUGUAUGGAGGAUUACAGGCAUUUUCAGAUUACUGCUCAGCAAGACCAAACGGUCUGCUGCCCUGACCCCCUUUUAACCAGGAGAAAUAAACAGCUCACUGAUGUGCCAAUAAAGGCACGCAGCACAUGGGGGGGAUUGUCAAAUAUUGUACGAGGAUGUGUUUGGGGAAAGAGUGUGUGCGGAUGGGUGCUUCCCUAGCUUGGCCACACUCUGACAUACCUUUUUUUUGAGAGAGAAUGAAAAUUUUAUGAUUAGCGACUGAUAAAAUGUGUCUUUCAAUAUCAUAGUAAGGGAUAUUCCUAAAGUGGCAUGGGAAAAAGGGGGAAGUCUGUUUAGCUUUGAUUACAGUAAACAGUGGAUAAGCGUCACACACACACACACACACACACCCCCUCUCACCCAGCCCAUAAUGUCUUUAAUCAUGGAUGUCUUAAUCAAACUGGGCAAAACAUAAAGAAUUGGCUGGCACUGUGGAUUAGGUUAGGAAUGUGGGGGAAGGGGGAUGCUCCUUAAUGUGGGAUGACUGACUGCGGUGCCAGGAGUAUGCCCUGUCCAUCUGCCAUUCUACUCACCCACCCACCCACUGACACACUAACAGGUGCGUGCGCGCAGAUACACGUGUCUUUUUCUUUUUUUUGUGCACGCGCUUCAAAUACUCCACCCUGCACUCUGGCCCUACCCCUGUCCUCACUUAGCCUGGGCAGCAGAUGGUGAGGGGUAAGGCUUGAAGCCCCCCUCUCCACUCCAAGCCACCAGCCCACCAUCACCCCCUAUCUCCCCCCCCACCCCCAAACACCACCCCACCCCUCUUUGUGUUGUUGAAGAGUCUGAGUGUUGAAAGGCGAAACCCCAGCUUGUCUCCCCCCUCCAACAAAUCCUUGGCUGGCUGCCAUUGGCGGGACUCAGUCAGGUGUCCUAAUGCUUCAGUUAGGGGAGGAAACGCUGGUUAAUCUGCCCAUCGCGUGCCACUGGCCAUGGCCUGGCCUCUUUGUGUCUGGCACCCCUCUGAUCAGUCCCUCCACCCCUUCAUCUGUCUUCCCCCCUUCUCGUCCAACCCAGUUCUCUACUUCAAGACGGUGUCAUCCUUUCUUAAAGAUCAACCCCUCUUCCUUUCUGGAUGUGCAUUAACUUGUUUCUUACUGGACAAAUCCAAUAGUUUUGACAGUUGCACUACAUCAUUGUCAGUUUUUGUCCUGUCAGACCAAUCUUUGUUUUUAGUUAGUGCUGACUCAUCACAGGUAUUCAGUACACUAGCAAUGCACCAUACAGGAACAUGUAGCAAGUGAAUAUUACACUGUUCCUUCUUUAAAACUUCUCUGCUGCUUCCCCCCCUUUACUUUUGCUUUUCAAUAUAAACCAUGAGUUAAGAUGUAGAACUCCAACCAUUAUUGCACUUUAUAGCUUGUCUUCAUGCUCACUGGUGUCUUUUUCAAUAAUGUAGGACAAGUAUUUUGAAGUUGCUUCUAAUGGAAUACUUGAACUGCAACCAAAAUUGCUGCUAAUGAAUCAAAGUACUAACGCAGCAAUGUACUUACAGAUUUCUCUAAAAUCCACAAUUACAAAUGUUAAAUAUCUUAUUGUUGAACUCUAGUUUUCUGAAUCCAUUCUAUUAUCUAUAACACACCAUCACAGAGACUUUAACCCGCCUCAUUAUGCAGAGGCAGCAUCACCUCCAGCAAGGUGCACUGCUCUGAUUACGAUAAAUGAUGCUUGGAUGCUGCUCGGAGCAGGUUGAUAGGGUACGGUUGCGUAACCAUAGAGGGUCAUUACCAUUUGACCCCUUCUGACCUUAUUUUUGAUUGACCCCUUCGCUUGGUCAAUGCUUCAGAGCACAUCCAGGAGUAUAAGGUCAGAGUUCAAAGUAUCCUCAGCUGUGCUGUCAUGGAAACGGCAGCUUUUCCCCUCUCGUGGUCAGUUUUAAUUUAAGGACAGUGGGUCACUGAGGUUCUGUUGUGGUUUUUGUGUUAUUAUUUUGGGGAGGUUUGGUAUUUACUCCUUUUUUGAAACUCCCAAAUUUUUAUGUAGCUACAGAAAAUUUUAAGAUAACGGUUUUCUGAAAUAUUGAAAUACAGAUGUACGUUGUACUGAUGCUGCCUGGUUGGUUUGCAAAUAAUGUGGCUGUAAAUUUACCCUCGAGCCCUAUUUUUUUUUUCUGAACUGCUGGUUACAUUUUACUCAGUCGUUCUUUGUGUUUCACCUGCUCUUUUUCCCUUUAACCUGUCAUCUUGGGGUUUCCAUCACGUGUGUUCUGUACAGAAAAGCACACAUGCCUUUCUUCAGUGUUGUGACCGAAGCCUCAGCGUCCGCCAUGGUGGUCAGUCGUAACACACCCGUGGCUUAUUUUUUCCCCCACUUCCUGUUUGUGACCGUUGUGAAGGGUUUCCUUGCAAUCAGUGCUGCGACGGGAGGGUGGGGGGCAAAAUCAAUACUUUGAAUGUAACGUGCAGCCAAUGGAAUAGGAGAAUGAUUUAUGUCGGAAUGGCUACUCCCCGAAUCAGAUGGGUUUGUUUGGUGGCCAGAUGAGUGGACGGGAGGAGGGGUGGUGGCACAGCGACCCAGAGCAAGCAGAACUGUAAAAGGUUU